AUGUCAGUUGCCGAGACCGUGUGUGAUGUCAGCAGUAAAAUUAUUAAACUGACCAAAAAAUCGUUGACUCUGUUGAAGACCGAUGACGAGAUCAACAGACACAUCAAAAUUAUAAAUAAAAAUAUCGGUGUAAUAAACGAGGCCAUCAAAAUUAAAAUUCACAAGAUUGACAAGAACGAUAAUAUAUUCCGUUUGGAAAACAAUUUGGCUGUGCUGAAAUAUUAUCGUGAACAGCUAAAAAAACUGAAAAUUAAAAAUAAAGUGUCCGGAGUUUCGGUAGUGCGUCCUAACAAGAAGAAUUUGGUGUGGCAAGAUGUGAAAUCGUGCUUCAAGAGUCGUGUGCGGUCGGGAAUCAUCGUGAACGAGUGGUUCGUCCGGGAACUUGAACAUAUUGCCGACGAGGUGAAUAACAUCCUAUCUCACCCGAAGCUCAUGGAGCCUUUGACUGCCGCGCAAAAAUUCGAACUUGACAACGCGAAAUUUUGUCACAUUUGCGAAAAACCGUUUACCAGUUUCGAUAUCAAAAUUAUGGAUCACUCACAUCUAAAUUCAGUCUACCGAGGGCCUUGUCAUAAUUCUUGUAACCUAAAUUAUACAGACAGUUACGUUAUACCGGUCGUUUUUCAAUGCUUAUCUUCUUACGAGAGUCACUUAAUCAUACGUCACUUGGUUACGUCAUUUGAGGGCAACAUUUCACUUUUACCAAUAAAUAAGGAAAAAUACAUUUCCUUCACAAAAGAUGUAAAGGAUACCAGAAUCAAAUUGAGAUUUAUAGAUUCUUUCCGGUUUAUGGCUGACAAAAUUGAAAAAUUGGCCUCUUACCUCGAUGACAGCCAAAAAAGAAUCACUAAAUCUCAUUGUGAUUCGGAGGAGACUUUCCGCCUUUUGACCAGGAAAGGUGUUUUUCCUUACGAUUAUCUAAAUUCGUGGGAAAAAUUAAAUGACACGACAUUACCGACUAAAGACGAUUUUUAUAGUAAACUGACUGACGAAGCUAUUUCAGACAGCGAGUACGAGCACGCUACAAAUGUCUGGAAUACAUUUAAUAUUCAAAAUUUGGGGGAAUAUUCGGACUUGUACCUGAAAACUGACGUUCUACUUUUGGCUGAUAUUUUCGAAAAUUUCCGUGAAAAUUGUCUAAAAACUUACGGUCUUGAGCCUUUACAUUAUUAUACCUCCCCCGGUCUGGCCUUUGAUUCCAUGCUCAAAAUUACUAAACAGACAUUAGAAUUACUGACGGACAUUGACAAAGUUUUGAUUAUCGAGAAGGGGAUCCGAGGUGGCGUAGCCCAAGUGUCGAACCGGUACUCAAAGGCUAACAACAAGUACAUGGGUGAGGCAUACAAUCCGGACGAACCCGAUAAGUACAUCAUGUACUAUGAUGUAAAUAACUUAUACGGCGCGGCGAUGUCUCUUCCCCUUCCAACCGGGGGAUUCGAGUGGGUACCCGUCGAUCAAUUCUACAACUUGAAUAUAACCGAUUUAGCAGAUGAUGCUGAAAUCGGUUAUAUUUUAGAAGUGGACAUUGAGUACCCGCCCGAACUUCAUGAACUCCACAAAGACUUACCCCUGUGCCCGGAACAAAUGGUUCCCCCAGGAGGCAAACAAUCAAAAUUACUGACAACACUUUUUUCGAAAACCGGUUACGUUAUCCAUUACAGACAAUUGAAACGGUGUAUUGAGCGGGGAUUAAAGAUUACUAAAGUACACAAAAUUCUUAAAUUCAACCAAUCGGCUUGGUUACAAAAAUACAUAAAUUUAAAUACGGAUUUACGGAAACAGGCGACUAACGAAUUUGAGAAAAAUUUCUAUAAAUUAAUGAAUAAUUCUGUCUUUGGUAAAACCAUGGAAAAUGUGCGAAAACAUAAAGACGUUAAACUGGUCACACAAUGGGAGGGUCGAUAUGGGGCAAAAAAUUUGAUCGCGAAACCAAAUUUUCACAGUUUAACAAUUUUCGAUGAAGACAUGGUUAUAAUAGAGAUGAACAGACUCAAAAUUAAGUUCAACAAGCCGAUUUAUGUUGGAUUUAGUAUUCUGGACCUUUCCAAAAUUAUACUUUACGAUUUCCAUUACGAUUAUAUUAAACAAAAUUUCGGCAAUCAGGCUAAAUUAUUGUACACGGACACUGACAGUUUAAUAUACGAAUUCACGGACAUUGACAUUUACGAGAGCAUGAAGAGAGACAUCCAGCUGUUUGAUACAUCAGACUACCCCGAAGAUAAUGCGUACGGUAUGCCUCGCGUCAACAAAAAAGUACUAGGUCUUAUGAAAGACGAAAGCUGUGGGAGAAUAGUUACCGAAUAUGCCGGGCUCAGAGCUAAAAUGUACUCGUAUAAAGUCGAGGGAAAACCCUCAAAUAUGCGUAUCAAAGGACUUACUCGAUCAGCCGUAAAACACAUUACUUUCGAAGAUUUCACGAAUUGCCUAUUUAAUCAAAACACACUGGUUAAAGAGCAGAGACUUAUACGUUCCAAACAUCACGAUUUAUAUACAAUUAAACAAAAUAAAUUGGCUCUCAGUCCGUACGAUGACAGGCGCAUAAUAAAUUACGUCACCACAGACACGAUCCCGUAG